AUGCGUGUUCAGCCUUUCGUCUCAUCCGCCCUUCUCCUCCUCUCUAUCUCUACCGCUAUAGCCGGCCCGGCGUCGAACCCAGAUGCAAAGAAGAAGCUACCGUCUAAAGGGACUCGGGAGUCGGAUUCUGUCAAACCCAUUACGGACACCGUUGCCACAGAUGAUGACCCGUCGACCUGGGGCCCCUUUGACGGAAAGGAUGGUAAGCCUCAUGCCGGUCCUUUUGUAGAGACAAUUGCGGAGCGAGGACGUAAGAAGUCGUCCCAGAAGGGUGGCUCAAAGACGGAGGACGAGGAGGACGAUACCUUCUCUGAAGACACCGAACACAUAGCCCCUGAUGGGACCAAGAUUCCUCACUCGAAUGAUGGAGUAAUGGACGACAAGAACCGUUCAGGGCCCAAGGAGGGAACCACAGGCACGGAAGGCGGAGUGUCAGCGAAAUCCAAGGGCAAAGAUACCAGUAUCGACAGGAAACCGGAUCCUCCCAAGGAGGCACCUCCACUGCCUCACAGUGAGCAGACGAAGAUUCCUGGACAGGAUGAUCAGACCGAGGAUGAUGAGGACGAGAAGAAGGGUUCAAAGGUGCUAGAGAAGCCGGACGAUCUCCCAGAUUCUCCUCACUCAAUCUCCUCAGGGAAGUCGGACAAAUCCCCCGGACCUGAUCUCUCCACGAAACCAGGUUCAUCUCAACCGCCGGACACCAAGAUACCGCCCAAGAAGUCUAGCAACGAAAUCAUCCACCCCUCCGACUCAUUCUUCCUCUCCCUCACCAUGAUCGUUUUCUCUGAGAUCGGUGACAAGACCUUCCUGGUCGCCGCACUUAUGGCUAUGCGCCAUCCUCGCAUGCUCGUCUUUUCUGCUGCAUUUAGCGCACUUGCUAUCAUGACCGUCCUUUCCGCUAUUCUUGGCCACGCUGUUCCUACCAUACUGCCUGCACACUUUACCAGCGCUCUUGCAUCGAUUCUUUUCUUCGUUUUUGGUUUCAAAAUGAUCCUCGAAGCACGCAACAUGUCCCCAGACGAGAAUGUCAGCCAGGAGAUGAAAGAGGUUGAGAUGGAGCUCGAGGAGAAGGAACAUGAGCAGCUUCGAAUGGGCCGCGGACGCUCUGCCAUCAGUGCUUAUGCUCUCGAGUCCGGACAUGGGGGACUUCCGCGAAAGAGCCGUUCUUCAAACCACAUGCUUCCCUCUCCCCAGAGUCUCUCCUCAUCCUCCUCGAGGGACAAUUCCCCAUCCCGCGCUAACACCCUUGCAAACGCCAUGGCCGGUGUUAGCAACCUGUUUUCUUUCCUCCUGAGCCCCGCUUGGGUGCAAACGUUUGUCAUGACUUUCCUUGGAGAAUGGGGAGAUCGAAGCCAGAUAGCUACCAUUGCAAUGGCUGCCGGUGCUGAUUACUGGUGGGUUACCUGCGGUGCCGUAAUUGGACAUGGCUUGUGUACUGCCGGUGCAGUCAUCGGUGGACGAGCCAUUGCCGGUAGAGUCAGCAUCCGAGUUGUCACCUUUGGCGGUGCCAUUUGCUUCGUCAUCUUUGGCCUUCUCUACCUCUUCGAAUCCAUCUACUAA